GCGGCUGCGCGGUGAUCCUGACCUUCAGUGUGUCGGCUCCAGCGCCAUGGCGCCCUCCAGGAAGUUUUUCGUGGGGGGUAACUGGAAGAUGAAUGGGCGGAAGGCGAAUCUGGGGGAACUCAUCAACACGCUGAAUGCGGCCAAGGUGCCGGCCGACACCGAGGUGGUUUGUGCACCCCCCACCGCCUACAUUGACUUUGCCAGGCAGAAGCUAGAUCCCAAGAUUGCUGUGGCUGCCCAGAACUGCUACAAAGUGACUAAUGGGGCCUUUACUGGGGAGAUCAGCCCUGGCAUGAUCAAAGACUGUGGAGCCACAUGGGUAGUCCUGGGGCACUCGGAGAGAAGGCACGUCUUUGGGGAGUCAGAUGAGCUGAUUGGGCAGAAAGUGGCGCAUGCCCUGUCCGAGGGACUUGGAGUGAUCGCCUGCAUUGGGGAGAAGCUAGAUGAGAGGGAAGCUGGCAUCACUGAGAAGGUCGUUUUUGAACAGACCAAGGUCAUCGCAGAUAACGUGAAGGACUGGAGCAAGGUUGUUCUGGCCUAUGAGCCUGUGUGGGCAAUCGGCACAGGCAAGACUGCAACACCUCAACAGGCCCAGGAAGUACAUGAAAAGCUCCGGGGAUGGCUGAAGUCCAAUGUCUCUGAUGCAGUGGCUCAGAGCACCCGCAUCAUUUAUGGAGGUUCUGUGACUGGGGCAACCUGCAAGGAGCUGGCAAGCCAGCCUGAUGUGGACGGCUUCCUUGUGGGUGGUGCGUCCCUGAAGCCUGAAUUUGUGGACAUCAUCAAUGCCAAACAAUAAGCCCCACUCAUCUCCCCUCUCCUUCCUGCUAUGCCAAGGGCAACAAAGCUCAGAAGCCCAGUAACUGCUCCUCCCCCGACACACAUGCUUCUGAUAGUAUCACCUGCCCCUUCUCGUGGCCUGAUCCAAACUGUACUUCUCCCUCACCAGUUACAUCUCACCUUGUAAUGGCUGGGACCUGGCCAACCCCUUCUCCACUUACUAUGGUCACUGGAACAAGACAUGUCAUCAAGGAGGCUUCUCCUUGGCUGAGAGGUGGAAGGGGUAGUUUGCUCGUGGGUCCCCAGUCCCCAGUGAAGGCAGGAAAGGGAGCCGUCCUCUUCCAUCCCGCACCAUGGGGCCAAGGGCUGGGAGAGAGCCCUGUCUUCCCCUCCGAGGCCAGGGGUUCUGUUCUCGUCCCUGGUGCCAACGCCUGUGUGUGUUGUGUAUGUGAGCAGCCCCGCUCGGUGGCAGAGGGUUGGGGGGGGAAUAAACACCUGCCACUAA